AUGAUCUCAUCAUUUUGUUUAAAAAAUAAUAAAAGUAGCUUAUCAUUAGUUACAUCAACUUUAAGACAAACAGAAUCAAAAUCAUACUACGCUACAGAAAAAAAGAAAGUUUCAGUAAUUUUAUCUGAAGAUAUCCCAAAAGUUGGUCAAAAAGGUGAAGAAUUGGAAGUAUCAAAAGGUUUUGCAAGAAAUUUCUUUUUUAUGAAAGGUUUAGCUGUUCAUGCUACUCACGAAAAUAGAAAGUUAUAUGAAGAGUUUUCAAAAAAAAUCGAUUAUUCAUCACGUAUCGCAGAAAAAAAUAAUGCAAAAGCAAUUAAAAGUUUAAAAAAAGAUCCAAAAAUUACUGUUAUGAGACGUUCAACUGCAUCAGGUGUUCCAGUAGAAACCAUUACACCAGAAAAUAUUUCAUAUAGUUUAAAGAGAAGAAGAGGUGUUAUUAUCGAUUCUGCCAACAUUAUUUUCCCAGAUCAAAUAAAUACUUUUGGUGAUCACAAUAUUAAAGUUGUUUUUGGUCCAGUAGAAAUUGAAGCUGUUGUUCAAUUCGGCAUGUUGUAGACGUUUUCUUUUUAAAUAAAUUAAUAAAAAUAUAUAUAAAUAAAUAC